ACGGAAUGAAUGGUACGCACCACUCGAUCUUUUGUCACGACUGACGGGGUCUCUUGUUUUUUUUGUUUCAUUUCAUUUUCUUCGUUUUUCAUUCUCUCUCGGCCGGAGGGAGAACGACACGGGCUACUUUACUUCUUCAUCUCCUCUUCCUCCUCCUGAUUUGCUCUUCUCUUUGACCCCACAAAUAAAAAAAAUUAUUACACAUUUUCAGACAUCUUGAUUAUAAAGAGCCUUUCUUAAUGCCCAUGCAUUCUUUCAGAAUUUCGUGUUUAUUUAAAUACCGAAAUUCUUGAUUUCUCUGCCUAAUUUAAUACAGCUCAUCCAGUUGGGAAUGUUCUGUUAAUCUCGCUCACACGUCCAUAGACUACUGUGUUGCAAAGAUUGUUUCUUUCGAGACCUUUUUUUGCUUGUUAAAUUAAAUUAGUUCGUCUGAUCCACAUUCAUUUGUCGAAAAAAAUUGGAUUUUGGUGAUCAAAUGGGCUGUGCUACAUCGAAGAAAGACCAGGUCUGCAACAACUGUCAUGAGCCAUUGGCUCGCCGCAGCUACUCAGUGCACGUCCACCACCCUCCUCAACGUGUCGGCGACACCUACCAUGUGGUGGCUCUCACGUCCUCCACGUUGGGCUCGAUAAAGCUUGACGAACCUUAUCUCCAGAACCAGCUAGUCGAUGAAGAGGAGGGUGGUGGUGGCAUUGGUGAGAAGAAAAAGGGAAAUGAGGAUUUUUCGAUGGGGAUGAUCGAGGCCAAAUCUUGGUCGAGGAUGAUCGAUGAAAAGAUCACGAGGGUUGUUCCGAGGACACCGAUUCAGACGCCACCUGGUGAGCCUGAGGUGAUUGAUGCGUUUGAAUUGAUGAAAGGGCUCGAGGACUCGAGUCCUCUGCAUAGGCAUUACAGGAGUUUUUCGUUUUGUGUGAAUUCGAAUCCGGUUGAGGAGAAUGAUCGCUUGAAUUUGGAUGCUACGUCGAUCAUAUCUGAGUUUGAUCCUGAUAUAAUUGCGCAGUUCAGGAGAUCACUGGAGGAAUUGCCGCCAGCUAAUCCGUUUCACUUGAAGCCGAUGGCUGGCGUUGUUGUAGAUUUCAAGAAUUUGAAUGGGGGAUAUAAAGAUGAUGUUUUUGGUAAACAGAGGGUGGUUUUGUAUUUUACAACUCUUCGAGGUGUUAGGAAGACUUACGAGGAUUGUUGUCACGUCAGAGUUAUAUUAAGAGGUAUGAAUGUGAAAGUAGACGAAAGGGAUGUUUCGAUGCAUUCCGGGUUCAGGGAGGAACUGAAGGAGCUGUUGGGAAGUAAUAUGGGCGGUGGUUUGCCAAGGGUGUUUAUCGGGAAGAAGUACAUUGGCGGGGCUGAGGAAGUACGACGAAUGAACGAAGACGGGCAGCUUGACGAGGUUCUAGCAGGUUGCGAGAAGGUGGAUGAUGGCGAUGGCAGGAGACAUAGUAGCGUUGCAGUAUGCGAGGGAUGCGGAGAUGUCAGAUUUAUCCCAUGUGAGACGUGUUCAGGGAGCUGCAAGAUAUAUUAUGAAGCUGAAGAGUAUGAAGAAGAAGUAGAAGAUGAGGAAGCUGAAUUUGGGUUUCAGAGAUGUCCUGAUUGCAAUGAGAAUGGACUCAUAAGGUGUCCAUUGUGUUGUAAUUAAGAUUGAUCAUACACGCAAAUAUUCCGUGAUUUUUGUGUACAGAGUUUGAAUACUUGUUAAGAGGUGAUUUGGAUCGAAAACAAAGUAGUUUACACGAUUAGAUAUUUACAUUUCCUCCCCUACUUUACUAGUGUUAUGAGUUUAUGGUAUGUAAUAAGAAUGAGCAUCCUCUGUUUCUUGAUAUAUUAUUAUUCUGAGAAUACUAGAA